CACCUCUUAAACACAACGCAGGAGGAGCCCCGUUCCCGCGAAGACACAUGCCAUGAAGAUGCCCCACAAGCCUGGUUCUUCGGCCCACACAAAAAUUUGAAUUGCAUCCAAAGUUGGUUCUCACGCUCAAAUCCCCAACGCAACACAGCACCCCGAAGCGUCUAAAUCCUUCACACAUAGAUCAGGAUACACACAUUAGAGUCUUUCGUUGAGAUUCGCAUCUUUCAGCUUGUGAGUCUUUUUUAUCCAAGCAGCAUUACUCCUCGUUCUGACAGUUUUGAUGCUCAUCUAUCCGUCACGGCCUGCUCAUCAUUCCUUUGUUUCGUUCCUCCGUCCAAUCUCUCCCGGAAACCUGGAAAAACUGCAUGAUCGGAAUUCCGCAAUUACUUACUGUGAUAAGCAACUAUGGGGAGAGCAAACCAGCUUAUGCUCCUGGAGAGCGUCGUCCGGGCGGGGGUAAUUACCGGAACGACAUUUACCGUUUCCCGGUAUAUACCAAAGCCUUUGAAAUGGUUCGCUGUCUUUCUAGUCGCAUUGAACCUUCGAGUAUUCCCAAUCGCGUGGCACAUUCGUAUUUUAUACCCAUGGUUCCGCAUGAUUUGGAUAGAUUGGCUUAUUCGGAAACGGAGUGGAAUCGCUGGACUUAAUAAACAUUUGACGAAGGUGACGAAGGAAUUCGGCCUCGGGAAGAGUCCCUUAGAUGUCGUCGAAGUGCUGAGGUUACGAGCAGGUAUCGCGGAUUGUGAUUACAAUCUCCAUUUGAGCAACUCUUCAUAUGCUAAGAAUAUGGAUUUCGUGCGCAUGAAUGCAGCCAUUCAUAGCUUUCCCGGUUUCCACUCUGCUGGAGGAAGGCUUGCGCUAGGCGGGAGCUACAUCCAUUUCCUCAAGGAAAUUCCCAUGUUCGCCCAGUACGAGAUUCGUCUCUACUUUGGUGGAUGGGAUACAUCUAAAUGGCUCUAUCUCUAUGCCCAAUAUCUUACGUACCCGAAGAAAAAGGAUGGAAAAAAUGCUGAGUCUAGAUCAGCGUCCAGUUCGAAGGCUAUCGACGCCACAUCUAGUAAUGCUGAGCAAGCCGCGACCGAGCUCUUGAAGGGUGUCACCCCGGCGCCACCGCCAUCCGAUGUUGGGGAAUCCGUGGUGAUCAUUCACCCGGACACCACCAGUGCUGGCACAGCAAGCUCGUCAGCUGUUCCAUCUGGACUCGUUUCGCCUGCUCCAGGGUCAUCCAAUGGAGGAGCAUCCACACCAUCUGGCACCAGGAUUUUCAUUGAGACACCUCCUGUCCCAGAAGGUGCUAUUCUUCACGCGACGGGGGUAUCUCAAUACUGCUUCAAAUUCGGACGUAUCACUGUUCCCCCGCGAGUAGCAUACAUCGUAUCCGGUUUCGGUGAUACUAGGCGAUGGGAACGGCUCCAACGCGUUAGGGAGGGGAAAGAAGGGAAGGGUAAAUUGAGCCAGUUACUAAGUGGAGGUUGGAAAGACACCAGUGAAGGGGACUUUUGGUCCUUUGAGGAAUUUGAGGCGGAAGGGUUGAAGAGGGGUGCUCAGAUGAAACUACUGAAGGAGGUAAUGGAAGGCUUAGAGGCUCCCAACUGAAUCUGUAUCGCUGCUUGGUUCUGCUGUCCUUAUUUUCAUUUGCUAUCGGGAUGGGUCCGGAUCUCAAGUUGUAGCGGUCACUUCUCAUCUUUUUCCUCAGUAUAUACUAUCCCCCUAAUUGCCAAUCCCCAUGAUGCCAUAGACAUUUCCUCAUGUCUCCAUACAAAUUAUUGUCAAACCUUGUGACAACUGAACAAAC